CAAGUGUCAAGAAGAGGAAUAAAUGGACGGAGCAGGAGACGAAGGAUUUGCUGCAGGGGGUGAGUAAAUUCGGGAUUGGGAACUGGAAGAAGAUAUUCGACUGCAACGAGUACAGCUUUCCAGGGAGGACGUGUGUUGAUCUGAAGGAUAGAUUUCGAACCUGUUGUCCCGAUGAAUUAGUCAAGUAUCGGGCUGCGGGCAAGGUGAGGAGGGGAAACAAGUCGAAAUCGUCUACGAUUUCCAACAAGCCUUCUCUGGAAAACCUUAGAUUGCCAAAGUCCUCCCCACUGGGAUCUCCCAACCUGAGACCAGCGCGAAAGCCGCGUUCUGACAACCAUCGUAAAGGUGCUCAAGAACUAGCCGAAAUGGGAAUCGAAAAACCAUUUGAGAAGAGCAAACGGCGUGAACGGCACGAGUUCACGGAAGAAGAUGACACAGCACUCAUGAAAGGGUUUGAGAAAUACGGGACGGUUUGGCAUGCUAUCAAAGCUGAUGCCGAGCUAGGCUUUGAGAGCAGACUGCCUUCUGACCUUCGCGACCGAUUCCGAAUACGCUUCCCGGAUGAAUAUUCAAAGGCGGGCUUCAAGCUCAAACCAAAGCAGGAGAAGAAACAGAAAGAAUCCAGCACUGACGCCGAAGCUAGGGAAAAGGUGACGCCGGCCACGAGCGCUUCCAUGAAGGCGAACAAUAAUCCCGAUCCCUCUUUGCUCAGUGCUCAACCCUCACUGCAUAAUACUACAGUCUCGGCAUCAAUGCCCAAACUCCUUGCCCCCCUCCAAACCGCCUUCCCUAAUUCUUUCGACGACUUCGCCUCUGAAGCCGACGACGACGCCGCGUACAGCCCGAUCACGCUGAGUAGAAACAUCUUGCAGUUUCAAUGGGGUGACACGAAUCCGCCGUACUCGAACGCCUCAAAUGGUAACGCCAAUACAAACGCACAAGCAGGUAUCACUAACCACUUGAAUUUCCACACCUUGGGCGGAAUGGACCAAUUCCACAUAGAUCCGCUCGCUACGCUCAAGCUGCCACCUGCGUCGAGCUCGACAACCGCAUACCCAGCUUUUCCGUCCGUGGCACCGCCAACCAAUCCAAUGAAUGCCUCUGUGAUGCAUUCGUCGUAUGGGUCGGGAGCAAAGGGCCAGCAGGGGCAGAACUUCUCGACUAAUCUGCCGACGCUGGUCUUCCCGUCUGCGCCGCAAAACUCAGGGAGGGCGAAUGGCAACGGGGUCAAUCUGCCUCCGCCUGCGGACUUGCUCAACGGGCUGGACCUUGAUGGAAGGGUGAAUGCUGGCUGGGGUGUGGACACGCAGGCGUCGCAGUUCUUGUGGGAUGAUGGGCUAGGAGUAAACGGGUAUGUCGCGAGUAGUGGAAGUAGUGGACUUACGGCCCCUGGCAAUAUUGGGGUUGGUGCUCAAGGUAGUGGAGUGAAUGCGACGGGAACAGUGCAGGUUAGAGGUAUGUUUGAAAGUGAUGGGCUUGGCGAAAGGAGUCUUCUGAACUCGAGCAUUUGAGUAUCUUCACAUUGGAAGAAAUGUUUAGGGAGGCGUUUCAGGUAUAGACCCGGUAUUUGUUUAUAUUCCCUGUUCAUAAUUGCGUAAGUCCAGUAGAGUAUCGACCCUUCCC